ACCAAAUCAAAAUAACUCAGUGGAACCUAAUAUUCUAUUUCAUUUGUACUUUUCUCAUUUUAAAAUUACUCCACUGUUGCUUUGGUAGUGUCAUUUGACUCAUUUUGGUUAUAAACACUGGCUGGCCUAUGUAUUCUUUCUCAAUUCUCAUCCCCACCCACUCACAUACUCACUCUCACUACCUUUUAAUUUUUCUCUUUCCCUUACCUUACAGCAAUUUGACAGCCACCUCCUGAAAAGAGAAGGGCAACAUGAAGAUGAUGAGUGAGAUGUGGACAACAAUGGGGUCAACCUUAGCUAGCUUGAUGUUCUUGUGGACGAUCAUGAGACAGUACUGUCCCUACGGGGUUCAACGUUUCUUUGAGAAGUACACACAUAGGAUCAUGAGUUACUUUUCCCCUUAUAUUCGAAUCUCCUUCCAUGAGUACAUGGGAGACAGGCUAAAGCGCAGUGAGGCCUAUGCGGCUGUGGAGGCAUAUCUCAGUGCCAACACAUCAAAGAGUGCUAAAAGGCUGAAAGCUGAAAUGGGUAAGGAUAGCAGCAACUUGGUUUUGACUAUGGAUGAGUAUGAAAGGGUAACGGAUGAGCACAAGGGUGUCAAAGUUUGGUGGGUCUCUAGCAAAGUAAUGUCACCAAGCAGGUCUUCAAUGUCCUAUUAUCCAGAACAGGAGAGAAGGUUCUACAAGCUCACUUUUCACAACAAGUAUAGAGACCUGAUAACUGAGUCCUAUUUGGAGCAUGUUAUGAGGGAGGGGAAGGAGAUUCGUCUGAGGAACAGGCAGAGGAAGUUGUACACUAAUAGCCCUGGCUAUAAGUGGCCAAGUUACAAGCAGACGAUGUGGAGCCACAUUGUGUUUGAGCACCCUGCUACUUUUGAAACAAUGGCCUUGGAGCCUGAGAAGAAAAAGGAGAUCAUUGAGGAUUUGAUCACUUUCAGCAAGAGCAAGGAUUUCUAUGCAAGGAUUGGGAAGGCAUGGAAAAGGGGGUACCUUCUUCAUGGCCCUCCUGGGACAGGCAAGUCCACAAUGAUUGCUGCAAUGGCCAAUUUGUUGGCCUAUGAUGUCUAUGACUUGGAGCUCACUGCAGUGAAGGACAACACAGAGUUGAGGAAGCUUCUGAUUGAGACAACCAGUAAGUCUAUAAUUGUUAUUGAAGACAUUGAUUGCUCUCUUGAUCUUACAGGGCAGAGGAAGAAGAAGGCAGAUAAGUUGUCGGACGAGGAAACUGAUAAGGAUGUUGUUGGAAGGAAAGAGGCCAAGGAAGAAGGAGGGAGUGGCAGCAAAGUCACACUCUCAGGGCUGUUGAAUUUCAUUGAUGGGAUUUGGUCUGCCUGUGGAGGGGAGAGGCUGAUUGUGUUCACAACCAAUUAUGUGGAGAAACUUGAUCCUGCACUCAUUAGAAGGGGGAGAAUGGACAAACACAUUCAACUCUCCUAUUGCACUUUUGAUGGCUUUAAAGUGCUUGCAAAUAAUUACUUUAAGCUACAAACUCAUCCAUUGUUUGACACCAUCAAGAGGCUAAUAGAUGAGGCCAACAUCACCCCAGCUGAUGUUGCUGAAAAUCUCAUGCCCAAGUCCCCACUGGAUGAUCCUCACAAGUGCCUCUCCACCUUGAUUCAAGCACUUGAGAAAGCUGCAAAAGCUGAGGAGCUGGAGCAGAAUUGUCCCAUUCAACAUGACCAACUUCUUCAACAAAAUGGCUCCAUUAAGGAAAACGGUGAGCUUCCACCUGACAAAGCAGUGAAUGAAUGCCAGCUAUGACAAAGCAGGCACAUUUCUUAUUAUACUAUGUAUCUAUGUUAGUCAACUCCAUGAGAUUAUUAAAAAGGGAGGGAUUAUGUACUUCAACAACAAAGGGUUUGCUAAAUCCUCCUACUUUUUUGAUUAAUUUUGAACUUGUAUUGAGACUUGAGAAGAUUUAUUGUUAUUGGGAUAGGUCCCUCCCCUGUUGUUCUUUUCUCCCUUGAAAUACCUUGCUGUUAAGGUGCCUUCAAAAUGCAACAUAAUCAUAAUAUGAAGGCUAUUGUUUCUCAUAAUGGAACCUUAUAUUGU